CGUAGCCAGAGAAAACAGGUCCAUGACGUUUGAAGGCUUCCUCAGAUACAUGGAGUCCAGAGACAGCUGCGUGUUCAACCAAGCUCACGCAUCCGUGUACCAGGACAUGGACCAGCCGCUCAGCAGUUACUUUAUCUCCACAUCGCACAACACCUACCUGACUGGAGAUCAGCUGGUAGGAAAGAGCGACCUGGAUGCGUAUGCAUGCGCUCUGAGAAAAGGUUGCCGCUGUUUGGAAAUCGACUGUUGGGACGGUCCGGAUAUGGAGCCUGUAGUCUACCAUGGCUACACCCUCACCACCAAGAUACUUUUUAAGGAUGUCAUCACCGUUGUGGGACAACAUGCCUUCGAGGUGUCCGCUUACCCAGUGAUCCUGUCUUUGGAGAACCACUGCUGCCAGCAGCAGCAGGAGGUCAUGGCUCAGUACCUCAUCUCUAUCCUGGGGGACAAGCUGCAGACGGCCCCCUUGGAUCAUCCAACUACAGGAAACCUCCCAAGCCCAAAUCCCACUGAACAGAAGAAGAAGGUGGUGGUAGCAAAGUCUUUGUCAGACCUGGUAGUGUACACAAGAUCUGUCAAGUUCACCAGCUUUAGUCACUCCAAGGACAAUCAAAACUACUACGAGAACACAUCUAUAGAAGAGAAGAAGGCUCUCAAGUUGGCCAAAAGCUCAGGUUCAGAUUUUGUCAAGCACAACCAGAGAUUCCUCACUAGGAUCUACCCAGCAGGAUCGAGAACAUCCUCCUCCAACUACAACCCUCAGGAGUUUUGGAACGUCGGCUCACAGCUCGUGGCUCUCAAUUUCCAAUCUCUGGGCUUGCCUAUGGACCUUAAUGAUGGCCGUUUCCAAGACAACGGGGGCUGUGGGUAUAUCCUGAAGCCAGAAGUGCUCAUGUCCAGUGAGAGGAGCUUUGAUCCCGGCUGCAGCCAGCACCACCUCAAACCCACACACCUGCUGCUCAAGGUGAUUAGUGGAUCCAACCUACCUGCCCCCUGCAGUGGUAAAGCUCUGGACCCAUUUGUCAGAGUGGAGAUUAAAGGGAUCCCAUCAGACUCCUGCAAAAAAAACACUAAUACUGUGAAAAACAACUCCCUGACUCCCCACUGGGAUUACGACAUGAACUUCAGUGUUUACGUCCCUGAGCUGUGCCUCGUCCGCUUCUGUGUUCGCGACCAGACGGGUCUGCUCAGCAGCGAGUUUGUGGGCCAGUACACGCUGCCCUUCACCAGCCUGAAGAAAGGCUACCGCUGGGUGCCUCUCCGAUCCCGAGAUGGAUGCAGCCUGGAUCCAGCUUCCCUCUUUGUCUUUGUUUGGUACUCCUAAAAACGGCUCUGCGUAUCAGACUGUCACACACAUCAACACGUCCCAACAGAUAGAGAAGCGUGGCUGAUCCCCCACCAAAAAAAACGUGUAAAUAAAUCAUACAGCAACAUUUCCUUGGAUAGAAACACCAGUUUUAUUGUCAAAAAAAUAGGCGUCUUAUCUACUACCGACUGCUCCACAUUUCACGGAGGAAAGGGCUAGACAGUCCCAACAUAAAUAAAAAAAAAACCCUAACAAAUGAUCAUUUUCUGUUGGCAUCUGUCAAGUAAUUGAAAAGAAAUCCACAGAGUAGCAAAUAUGAUCAGUGGAGCAACAACUGAUUCGCUUAUUGAUGCAAAUACUGAGGCAAAGUCACUCAAGAACUUGCAAUAGGACUGUUUUAUUUUCUAUUCUUCUCUUUAUCUACUCCUUCAAAAUAAUAGAUGGAACUCAUAC